GCACACAAACCCAAUCCAUAGAAACACUGAAACAAAAAAACUCACUCAGUAGCUCAGUAGUGAAGUGAAGCAGCUCCAUCAAAUCAAAAAGCAAAAUGCAAACGACACCGUUUUCUCCAUCGCACUGAUCUCAACUCGCCGGAAAACUCGACCGGACUUUCUCUUCGGCUGUCACAAUCACUUUUCUGAAGACGAUGAUGAAUUUUGCAUAAACUUAACCUAGCUGACGAAAAACCAAUAGUGGUGAUAGAAUAACUUUUUGGGACUAUAAACCUUCUCCAAUAGGGGGGUCUAGUCACAUCAAUAAGUGAAUAACCUUCGUUAAUUUCUUCUUCUCUUCGAUUGGAUCUGUAUUAGGCGCGAUGGAUUGGGGUUUUGUGCAUAAGACAUGGGAUAAGUGGGCUUCAACCAACAUUGGUCCUCGUCUUCCUUUAAAAGCUGCUUUGCUCGUUAAUUUUGAUCCAACUGCACCUUCUCGCUUGUUAUCUACCCUUGCUGAACAAGAAGGAAUUAAAGUCAAUAUCAUUGAAUUACGACAUUUUGUCGACUUUAUCAGAAACAAUCAACUCCAGACUGAGAGCUUCUAUAUUGGAUCCCAUCAGUACUUGGUCACAACAAUUCAUGAGAACUGGUUUAGUGCAAGGUGCAUAAACACAUCAAAACCUGCUGGGGAAGGUGCAAUUGUUAUGCAAACAGCCGCAUAUAUCUUGGUGGCUCUGUAUGAAGGUUCCAUUGGUCCAGCAUCCUGUGCUAUGGCCGCUGCUGAUCAGUUAACGGCUCAGUUAGGGCGAAAAAAUCUUUAGUAUGAUCCUCCUCCGUAUGGCUUUACUUUUUAGCUCGUCCAGCUGGUGUGCAUUGUUAGGCAAGACACUAAUGACCCAGUAUAAAGGACUCUGCAAAUCUAUCAUAGAAAGAUGUUUAGAAAUAGGAAUUAGUUUAUGCUUUUAUGUAGGUUGUUUAGGUUUGUCUUUAUGGUAGUUGUUGUUGGUAGUUAGAUAGGGGUGAAUAAUCCCCUUUCUGCCUACUACUGGUCAAAGAAACGUAACAUGUAGACCAUUGCAGCCUAGCGCAUUGGUGAAAUUCUGAUGAAGCAAAGCUAUUGAAAAACCAUUCUAGUUGCAGUAUGACUGGGAUCCUAUCAUUUUGUAUGAUCUACAUUUUGAAUUAGACAUUUUGUGAGAUCUUCCAAUUUUUGUUAGAUUUUAUGCAAAUAAUCUGUUUAAAUUGUUUCUAA